AUGGCUGCAUCAUAUGAUAUGGGAUGGCAGAAAAGAGGAAAGGGUCACAAUUCCUCAACUGGGCAUGGUGCUGCUAUGGGCUUGGCAACUCAUCCGAGAGUUCUCAUAAAGCGCUCAGCUUCCCCGUUAGCUUUUGGCCAACAUGGUGUAAUCCGACGAUGUUGGAGACCCAGAUGCUCUGCGAAUUUCUUGAAUUCGAGACUAGUAAACGGAGGACCAUUGUCGCUUUUUAAGACGUCAGGAAUUCCUUGUCUGGAAAAGAUUGCGUCCAACUUCGGUAUCACUGCUCUAGCUGAUGUGGAAGUCAAGAUUUCAACCUCUGGAAAACGACUUUAUUCGUCGAUAACCACCAUGAUAUAUUCACCCGAAGGAUAA